AUGGUUUCUGCCAAGAAGGUCCCCGCGAUCGCGAUGUCCUUCGGGGUCAGUUUCGCCCUCCUGCACUUCCUGUGCCUGGCGGCUUGUUUAAACGAAUCCCCAGGACAGAACCAAAAAGAGGAGAAAUUAUGCCCAGAAAAUUUUACCCGCAUCCUGGACAGUUUACUCGAUGGUUAUGACAACAGGCUGCGUCCCGGAUUUGGGGGUCCUGUUACAGAAGUGAAAACUGACAUAUAUGUCACUAGCUUUGGACCUGUUUCUGAUGUUGAAAUGGAAUACACAAUGGAUGUGUUCUUCAGACAGACAUGGAUUGACAAAAGACUAAAAUAUGAUGGCCCCAUUGAAAUUUUGAGAUUGAACAAUAUGAUGGUAACAAAAGUAUGGACUCCUGAUACUUUCUUCAGGAAUGGAAAGAAAUCUGUCUCACAUAAUAUGACAGCUCCAAAUAAGCUUUUUAGAAUUAUGAGAAAUGGCACAAUUUUAUACACAAUGAGACUCACCAUAAGUGCAGAAUGUCCCAUGAGAUUGGUGGACUUCCCCAUGGAUGGCCAUGCCUGCCCCUUGAAAUUUGGGAGCUAUGCCUAUCCGAAGAGUGAGAUGAUUUAUACCUGGACAAAAGGUCCUGAGAAAUCAGUAGAAGUUCCAAAGGAGUCUUCCAGCUUAGUUCAAUAUGACUUGAUUGGGCAAACCGUAUCAAGUGAAACUAUCAAAUCCAUCACGGGUGAAUAUAUUGUUAUGACGGUUUACUUUCACCUCAGACGGAAGAUGGGUUAUUUUAUGAUUCAAACAUACAUUCCCUGUAUUAUGACAGUAAUUCUUUCUCAAGUUUCAUUCUGGAUAAAUAAGGAAUCAGUUCCAGCUAGGACUGUAUUUGGAAUAACCACAGUCCUGACCAUGACCACGCUGAGCAUCAGUGCACGGCAUUCUUUACCCAAAGUGUCCUAUGCGACUGCCAUGGAUUGGUUCAUAGCUGUCUGCUUUGCUUUUGUAUUUUCGGCCCUUAUUGAGUUUGCUGCCGUCAACUACUUUACCAAUGUUCAAAUGGAAAAAGCCAAAAGGAAGACAUCAAAAGCCCCCCAGGAAAUUUCAGCUGCUCCAGUGCUGAGAGAAAAGCAUCUUGAAACACCUCUGCAGAACACCAACGCCAAUUUGAGCAUGAGAAAAAGAGCCAACGCCUCGGCUCACUCUGAACCUGAUGUUGGCAGCAGGGCUGAUGUGGGAAACCAUUCUAGCAAGUCUUCCACGGCUGCUCAAGGGUCUUCUGAAGCCACACCACAGUCUUACUUAGCUUCCAGUCCAAACCCAUUUAGCCGUGCAGAUGCAGCUGAAACUAUAUCUGCCGCAAGAGCGAUUCCAUCUGCUCUUCCUUCUACUCCUAGAAGAACUGGGCGUGUGCCCCGACAGGUCCCAGCUGGAUCUGCUUCAACCCAGCCUCUGUUUGGAUCAAGACUGCAGCGAAUUAAGACCACAGUUAAUAGCAUAGGGACUUCUGGGAAGCUGUCAGCCACUACUGCCCCCUCUGCUCCACCACCGUCUGGAUCUGGCACGAGUAAAAUAGACAAAUAUGCCCGCAUUCUCUUUCCAGUAACAUUUGGGGCAUUUAAUAUGGUCUAUUGGGUUGUUUACUUAUCUAAGGACACUAUGGAGAAAUCAGAAAGUCUAAUGUAA